AUGGUUUUGGCCGACCUGGGACGUAGGCUCAACGCUGCUCUCUCCUCACUCAACAAAGCCCCCAUUGUUGACGAGAAGGUUCUUGAUGCGACGCUGAAAGAAAUCACCGCCGCGCUGCUCGAAUCCGAUGUCAACGUCAAAUUCGUUGCGUCCCUCCGGCAGAAAGUCAAAGCGAAAGUCAAAGCAACGAUAGAGAGUGCGGCUGCCGACAAAUCAAAGGAAACGAAUAGGAAGAACCUGAUUCAAAAGGCUGUAUUCGAUGAAUUGGUUGCACUUGUCGAUCCAGGCGUAGAGCCAUACAAACCCAAGAAGGGGCAGCCAAAUGUAAUAAUGGCCGUUGGGCUCCAGGGGAAUGGGAAAACUACGACCUGCACAAAGCUCGCGGUUCACUAUCAAAAGAGGGGAUUCAAAUCUGCCAUUGUUUGUGCGGAUACUUUCCGUGCUGGAGCCUUUGACCAGACGCGACAAUCGGCCACCAAGGCUAAAGUUGCAUACUUUGGAUCGUAUACAGAAACAGACCCUGUGUCGAUUGCAGCUCAAGGUGUGGCGAAAUUCAAGAAAGAGAGGUUCGAUGUGAUCAUUGUCGACACGUCUGGAAGGCAUAAGCAAGAGUCAGAAUUGUUCGAGGAGAUGGUGCAGAUUGGGGAGGCUGUCAAGCCAGACAUGACAGUGUUGAUUUUGGACGCGAGUAUCGGCCAGGCUGCCGAGGCACAAAGUCGCGCUUUCAAGGAGAGUGCUAACUUUGGUGCGAUCAUCGUAACUAAGAUGGACGGGCACGCGAAGGGAGGAGGGGCUAUAUCAGCAGUCGCAGCUACGAAGACACCGAUUAUCUUUCUUGGCGUGGGGGAGCAUUUACACGACUUGGAUCGAUUUUCUCCUCAACCGUUCAUCUCAAAAUUGCUUGGACUUGGCGAUAUGCAAGGCCUCAUGGAACACAUGCAGGAUUUGGCGACACAAAAUCCGGACAAGCAAAAGGAAAUGGCAAAGAAACUUGAAGAAGGAAAGCUAAGUAUUCGAGACUGGCGAGAGCAAAUAUCUAAUGUGAUGAAUAUGGGCCCAAUAAGUAAAAUCGCGUCCAUGAUACCGGGGCUCCCUCAAGAUAUGCUGCAAGGUUCGGACGAAGAAGGAUCACUUCGCAUGAAACGCAUGAUUUACAUUACGGACAGCAUGACGGCUGGCGAGCUGGACUCGGACGGGGCACCUUUCAUGGAGGUGGGAAAGGAUGGCAAGCCUGUAGGACUAACAUGGCGGGUGACUCGGGUUGCAAAAGGGAGUGGAACGAGUGUAAGGGAAGUGGAGGAACUUUUGUGCCAGUACCGAAUGAUGGCGACUAUGGCGAAGCAAGCAGGGGGAAAGAAUGGGUGGCUGCAAGCUAUGCAAAAAAUGCAAUCUGCAGCAGGGGGUAAGGGUCGAGGCGCGGGUGGUAUGCCGACACCAGCUCAGAUUCAGGCUAUGCAACGUUCAAUGCCGCCUGGGAUGUUGCAACAGAUGCAACGUCAGAUGCGGAGCGGGAUGAUGGCAUCGAUGGGCAAUGGGUUGGGUGGACUUGGUGGAUUGGGAGGACUUGGAGGCGGCGGGAUGCCAGGGAUGGCGGAUAUGUUCAAGAUGAUGGGCAUGGGAGGAGCUCGAUGA